GUCGUCCUAAGCUUUUGUCGAUCUUUAUUUUCACAGUGAACAUAUAUACAACAGCUUCAUUCACCAUCAUUAUAUGAAAAUUUGUACAAGAUAUAUUCCUGAAAUAUUUAUUUAUUCGUGUAAAUAUUCCAAAUUAAAAUGCUCAGUGGGUAACAUUUAAACGAGUAAAUCCAUGCGCAUGCAAGUAACUAUACUAACAUGCCAGCUACAGUGUAGUUCGGAAGGGGGUAAGCACAAUUUAAUUCGGAGGACAUUCCGAUCAGGUGCCAUUCGCGGAGACACGUGUAUGUAGAUUUUUCGUUUGGCACCUGCCAACGAACAGGUGAAAAGAUUGCCGCUGCACGAUGAUGUUCGUGCCUUUUAUCACAUACCUGUAAUAACUUCUCAUUGAAAUCUUGACGUUCGUGUGUGGAGUACGCUGAAUGAUAAGAACAAGGCGGGCGAACUUAUGAGAACGUUCGUACCGCCUUUCUUGACACGAUACGCUGUAAUUAGAUGAAACGGGGCAGUACAUCGAGAAAUAUUACGUUGCAUGCUUGAAAAUGUCCUCGGAAACUUCCCUGAGCGAUGUGCCAAAUGUCGUAUCGAGACUACAUAAUUUACGCUUAAAUCAGGAAGAUGGGGAUGAUUCCCAGCCGAAUGUGAAUGUAAACGUCGCAUCUGGAGAUUCUUCUCCGGAGACUGCACGAAACACCCAACCCAUUGGCAAUGUCACCCUCUCUCGAGCCAGACGUGCACUCAACUUUGUUUGUGAUGAGGAUCAACCAACUUCUUCUAUGGCUAGAAGCGGAGAGUCUUCAUCUUCUAAUGGGGAUAAUAGGCCUCCAACAAAUGCAGCAAAUACGUUGCAUUUGGAAGGAAGACCUCAGAAUAAUGUUGCCUUGGAAAAUACAUCGACAAAUAGUCAAACUACUGUUGCGUACAAUUGGCAAGGUACAAAAGCUACAAUGCGCGAAAGAAUUGUCUUUCUAUUUAAUAACGAAAUACUGUCAGAUGUGAGCUUCAUAGUAGGAAGAGGAGCUCAGAAACAACGUAUACCAGCCCAUAAACUAGUCCUAUCUUCUGGAAGUGCUGUUUUUGAUGCAAUGUUUAAUGGAACACUUGCAACAACUUCUUCAGAAAUAGAAGUACCUGAUGUAGAACCAGUUGCUUUUUUGGCAGUGCUUCUUUUUUUAUAUACUGAUAAGAUAGAAAUAGAUCCUGAAAGUGUGAUGAUGACAUUAUAUACAGCUAAGAAAUAUGCUGUUUCGGCUUUAGAAAAGCACUGUGUGGAUUAUUUAAAGAGUAACUUAACCAGUGAUAAUGCUUUCUUGCUUUUAACCCAAGCUCGUUUAUUCGACGAACCUCAAUUAGCUGCAGUUUGUUUGGAUACCAUAGAUAGAUUUACUACAGAAGCAUUGAAUGCAGAUGGAUUUACAGAUAUUGAUAUUGAUACACUAAAGAUUGUUUUGGAAAGAGACACUCUUCGUGUUAGAGAAUCUAAAAUAUUCCAAGCAGUCUUAAGAUGGUCAGAAUCAGAAUGUAUAAGACAUCAACUACCAGUUACUCCAGAAAAUCAACGUUUUGUGCUGGGUACUGCUUUCUCAUUAAUUCGUUUUCCUUUAAUGUCUAAAGAAGAAUUUACUGCUGGUCCUGCACAAUCUGGACUUCUAAAUUAUGCUGAGGUUCUUUCUUUGUUUUCAUAUUUCAUACUGAACCCAAAACCAGUAGUUGAAUUUCAAACAAUGCCACGGUGUUGUAUGACUGGUAAAGAACAAACUGUAUGUAGGUUUCAACAUACUAAAAGCAGAUGGGGAUAUAACGGAACGAGUGAUCGUAUAAGAUUUAGUGUUGAUAGACGUAUAUUUCUUAUUGGCUAUGGAGUCUACGGUAGUAUGCAUGGUCCAGCAAUAUAUGAAGUAUUAAUAGAGUUAAUACACACUGCUUCUGGAAAAGUGAUUGCUACAAAUUCAACAAGUUUUAGCUGUGAUGAUUCAAAAUACACUUAUCGCUUAAUGUUUAAAGAAUUAGCAGAAAUUUUACCAAAUACGAUUUAUACAGCAUCUGCAACAUUUAAGGGUCCUUAUUCUUAUUAUGGAACUAAGGGCUUGAAAACUGUUAUGGUAGAUAGUGAUUCAGGAAAUGGAAAAGUUAAGUUUGAAUUUAGUAUUGAAGCAGGUGAUAAUAAUGGAACGUCUACAGAGGAAGGGCAAAUUCCUGAGCUUAUAUUUUACACUUAAUAACUCAUGUACAUAAUAACAACAUUCCUUUAAUCAGCUUCAUUGUCUUUCAAAAUUUAAUACAUUAAAUUGAAUUGUACAAAAAAUUUUAUAUGUCAGUUUCUUUGUCAAUUAUAUAUAUACAUAUACAUACACAUAUAUAUGUGUGUGUGUAUUUUUUUAUUAUUAUUAUUAAAUACAGUGUUUUCAAUUGAACGAUCCACGAGUAUGAUAAGAAGUCUUUCAAACUAUGUUUAAGCUGCAAUUAAAAUGAUGGAUAUUUUAUAUAAUAUGUAUUUCAUUAAAACAAUCGAGAAUGAAAUUUGUGGAUCUCAAAAAGGGCCUUAUUGGGACAAGAGACUGAUUCAUGCAACUGAUGUAAAAGCAAGGCUGAAGUAAAUGAUUUAUGUUUUAAUCCACUGAGUAUUUUAAUGCUCGAUUUCUUCAAAAUUAAAUGGAAUUUUUUUAAUUUUCUGCAAAACUUUAGAAUGAAUAACAAUCAGUUUAAAUUGGUAUGUAAGUUUUAAGAAGUUUUAUGAAAGUGGCUGUAUGCUGAGCAAGUUGCAAAUAUCUAUAAUUGAAAACAAUCUAUUUUUCUAUUUCUUCAAACAGUAUGUACAUGAGUGGUACUUUUCAUAUAUAAUAAUGUGAUCCUUGUGUAAAUUGAUGGACUAUUAUUUUUAUUUACAAUAAUGUCCUAUUUAAAAUUUUGUCCUACUUUAAACUUCAACUUUGUCUUCAUGAUUAUAAACUCUCUGUAUAAAAUAAUACAGUUCAAUAAUUAUUAAAUAAUUCUUUAAAAAAAUUAGAAAUUAAUAUUAAAUUUGUUAAGAUUCUGUUCCAUUUUAAUAGAACCAUUGUACAUUGUGUACAUUUAGUAAUUAAAUAAAAGCAAUAUGCUGUCUUUAUUUUGCUAUUAUUUAAUUUCGGAAAGGUAUAAACAUAAUACUCUGGAAAGUUCAUGUAUGCUUUCAUUAUAAUGUUUGAUAUAACAAAUCUUCCAAAUUUGUUAUUUUUUAAUUAAUUAUGCAAACUAGUCAAACAUGAUUCAUCUAUAUUUGCACAAUGAAAGAAAACAAUGCAAUAUUUUGCAACUAUUAUUUAUAUUUCAAUU